AUGGUUGGCUCGGCGACUGACCUGUCGGGGCUUAGUCCAGCGCAUCUCAAUGCGCUGACACAACAUGAACAAACCCCUCGUCCUCGGGGGAGGCUUGGACCUGUCCAAGCUGGCCCCAACCCAGCUACCAAGGUCAAGAAGACCAAGACCAAGAAGGACGUGAAGCCCGGUCAGAGCACUUCGAAGUUCGCACAAGCCCGCGGCGACAAGAAGGCUGCCAAAGAGGCCAAACCCGCCUCCUCUCCCACCCCCGCCGCACCGACGACCUCGUCGAUGAUUAUCCCGGUCUUCGAAAAGACCGCUGCCGUCUCCUCCUCCUCCUCCGCCGCCGCCGCCGAGGCUGCAGUCGAUAACGUCGACUGCAGCCUCGGUGAGAAGGGUCGGCCCACUGGGCCGACUGCCGGGGUCACCAAGACCCAGACGGACGUCCAGCCUGGCCAAGGCACGUCCAAGUACGCCCGAGCCCGCCGGGAGAAGGCGGCCGCCAAGGCCACCACCACGUCCUCCCCCCCUCCUCCACCCCCCCGCCACGCCGAUGACCUCGUCGGUGAUCGUCCCGGUCUUCACAAAGACCGCUGCCCCCACCACCUCCGCCGCCGCCGCCGCUCCCACUCCCGAGCCCGAAGCCAAUCACAUCAUGGCCGCCUCUACCUGGAAGUUGUCUGGGCCACUUUUCAGGUGGCUUUGGGUAUCACAGGCCUGUCGGCCGCUUCUUUUCUCAAGACUUUAUAUAGUACUAGCAAGACACCAACUGUUCACCGCAAUGUUCCUGUCUGA